AUCUCAUCGCGGGCUCAUUUCACUUCACCAUUUCAUGUUAGGAUUCCAGCCGCGCUCGUACUCCGGGACACUCGGGCAGCGCAAAACGCAAAAGGUGUCGUUCGUGCUGGUUGGUGGUGGUGUUGUGUGUUGUGUGCCGGGCCGCGUAUUAACGGUUGGCGUGCGCGUCGUCGUGUUGGGUGUUUUGGGUGGUUUGUCUGCGAUAACGUGUGCUGCGGUGUUGGCGUUUUUUCUUUGUUUUUGUUGGUUGUUCGCAGUCGAAUUUAGCACGCCAACCUGUGACGUGUCCGAUGCGAUGAUGCUACUUGUCGAUGGGUGGUGUGGCGUACGGGGGUAAUAGCAAUAGCGUAAUAGCCUAUAAAACAAAUGAUAAAAAGAAGAGUAUUUUGCAAUAGAGAGUGAGUGAGAGUGAGGGGGCGAAUGAGAGUGUCCUUUUCUCAGUGUGUGGACUCAGUAACGAUAACAUUCACGGUGAUUCGUCGUAGUAGGCUGCCACGUUGUGUGUUUACAGUGCUUAACGGGGAGGGCUACGCGUGUGUUUGUGAGUGUUGGUGCGAUUGUGUUGGUGCGUUUAAUUGUGUAACAAUUAUCCAAGUAAGCGCCAUGGUGAUGUGGGGGUUUGCACGAGGAUGUUGAUAGUAUAAUGCGCUGGCCGUUAGCCACUGAGUCGCGCCUGGGGCGUGUACUGCCCCGUUGGGCUGCCACAGACAAGCAUUCGAAACAGCUCCUUGCAUAACUUGUGCAUCACGCCAGACAAGGGAAGUCUUGCGAGCGAAUAGAGCAAUUUAGGAAGUCGCCAAAGUCAAAGCCAGCAGAUCCGAACACAGUCACAAAGCAAUGUGUAUGGCAAAGCAGUAGGUCAGAGCGGUCAGCAACAGAGAGCCUGUCCCAGGAGCCCUUACAACGCCUUGUUGGGGCGCGCCUGCAGGCUUAAAUUGUUGCCUUUCCAUACGUGCCACAGAGCAAACCACACGUCUGGAGGGUCCGCGCGAAUGCGAAGCAUGAAUCUGGAGCCCUUGCCCCGAACCGAAACGAUACACGUCACCGCACCGGCCGCAGCGGCGGCAGCAGCAGCAGCAGCCGCGGCCCUCCACCGUCCCGUACAGACCAUGCCGCAGCGGUCACCGUUCGCGAUCCAGGAGCUGCUCGGGCUGGGCAGCAGCGGCGAGUCGACGCGGCCCAGUGGCGUCGUGUCGGCGGUCACACCGUCCCUCUAUCCGACCACCGUCGGGCAGGCCUCGUUCGCGGCGGCGGCCGCCGCCGCCGGCUGUGCCGAUCCGCACCAGAUGCAGAUGGCGGCGGCCUCGCGGAUGGCGUACUUUAACGCGCACGCCGCCGUUGCCGCCGCCUUUCUGCCCCACAACAUUGCGAGUGCGGCCGCCGGCGGUGGGUCGCUGCAGCUGCACUCGGCACAGUCAGCCAACAAUUUCACACACUUAAAGUCAACCUUUGGCGGUGGUGGCGGUGCGUGCUUACCGGGUGGUGGUGUAGACUCCAGCAAAGACUUUACCAUCGACGGGCUAAAUAGUUAUGGCAAGAAGAAGAAGAAGAAACGAAGACACAGUCGAACGAUAUUUACCAGCUACCAACUGGACGAGCUCGAGAAGGCCUUCAAGGAAGCGCACUAUCCGGAUGUGUACGCCCGGGAAAUGCUUUCCCUCAAAACGGAUCUCCCAGAGGACAGGAUACAAGUGUGGUUUCAGAACCGGCGGGCGAAAUGGCGCAAGACUGAAAAGUGCUGGGGCCGCAGCACGAUCAUGGCCGAGUACGGGCUGUACGGGGCGAUGGUGCGGCACUCGCUACCGCUGCCGGAAACGAUCCUCAAGUCGGCGAAAGAGAACGAAACCGUCGCGCCCUGGCUGCUAGGUAUGCAUCGACCGUCGGGCGACUCGGCGGCAGCGGCGGCCGCCACGGACGAGCCGGAACCGAACGGUGGCGGCGGCGGCGGUGGCGGCGGCGUCGGCGGACAGCGCCUGCUCGACUACUAUCGCAACUACACCCGUGACCCAACCACUGACAUUAACUUGUCCGUAUCCGUUUCGUCUGCAGGCAUGCACAAGAAGUCGCUCGAGGCGGCCGAAACGCUCAAAAACUCCGAAGAUAACAGUGACCGUGAAGAGACACGGACGGAGUCGAGCGAAACGAGCGGCGGCUCGGCGGCCGCCCUCCACUGCACCCUCGGCUCCUCGCCCCUCAAGUCGCCCCCGCUCGCGUCGGACGGGUCCGGGUGCGGUCGGGGCGACUGCGGCGCGGAUGGUGCUGGCGGACGAGACGGCACCGGAGGGGGAGGUGGGGGAGGAAUGGGAGGGAAUGGGGCACCGCUGAACGGCAAGCACGGCAGCAGCGCCGGGGCGGCGCGAUCGUCCGCAAUGGCGAAAGUUUCGCGGUACGGGUCACCGACCGGUGGGCGGCCGCACUCACCCUCCGUCACACCACCGGCCCCGGUACAUCCGCACCAUCCGCCACCAUCCGCUCACCCGUCCUCGCUAGCAGCCCAUCCGCUGGGGGGCCACCCGGUCUCCAGCAGCCACAGCUCGAUGCACCCUUCGCCCACGACAACGACCAUGACGGCCAGCACGGGCAGCGGGAUCAAGCUGCAGCCACGAUCGCCACCGCUCGGGACAUCGCUGGCGGCGGGCGGGGCCGGCAGCGGGGACCACCAUUCGCCAGUUGGGCAUGGACCGCACGGACCGCACCAUACGGCCGGCAUUCCGCCCGGGCUGCCGGGCGAUGGCGGCGGCGGCGGCGACUUUCUGCACACUGCCACCAACAACAACUAUCACCCCGAAAACGACCACGAAGCGUUUAGGUGGGUUGACUACAAGGAUCCGGUCGCGUUCAUACGGAACAACUCAAUCGCUUGCCUCCGAGCGAAGGCCCAAGAGCAUCAGGCCCGGCUGCUCAACAGUGGACUCCUGCUCCAGGUGCGCUCGCUGGCCGGUCUGCAAACGCAUCCCGCCUUCGACGGGGGCUCCGUGCCGUCGCUCGGCUCCCCGUACGAUGGGUCCUGCUCGAUCGCGGGCCAUGCCGCCCUGCACGCCCAGCAGCAGCGCACACCGCCCCCUUCCCAUCCAGCGCAAGCCCCGCUCGACGGGACGCUCACGUCCGCCGCGCUACUCGAAAUCGAUCGACAGCGGGCCGACGCGAACAGCAGCAAUGGGUCCGCGAUCUCGGUGAAGGGUGCGAGCAGCAGCCCCAACGUCAGCACUUUUUGACAGCAUUUAUAAGCGCGCCUCACCUUCUCGUAACCCGAAAGCCUACUAUCUACUACUACUACUGCUACUUCGAAACACACAACCAUCACAACAGACACUAACACAAACCGCACACCAUUCAACGGCUCGUCCGAUUUUUGUGUAGCAAAGAGGAAACAUCAAUAAAACAAACAAGUACAACGAAUCGAAACGAAUCGAUCAUUAUUUAGGGGAUGUAAAACAAAACAAAAAAACCAAAGAGGGCGAAAUCGUAACCAGUGAGGACAGUGUCUCUGGCUCUGUACAUUUGAAUUUGAAAUAAAAAAGGAUCGCUUUCCUCCGGCUAUAUGCACCGUUGUGGUGUGGUUUUUUUUUCUUUCCCACACAGGGCUUUUGUUUAAACUGUGCGAGAUUAUUGGUGAAUAAAGCAUACAAGGAAAGGGAUGAUUUUUGUACAUACUGCAGCAUAAUAUCGUUAUGUCAAACAAACACACAUACACACAAGCAUUCAUUUUUCUUCCUGUUUUUUUUUUAAUGUGCAAUCUCUGAAAAUCUGAAAUGAGCCUAAACUCUUAAAUGAAAUUGCGAAAAGGGGGGAGGAAAAAGUAAAGUAUAAUAAUAUAACAGUAUAAUUUAGGAUUUAGGUGAUACAGUAAAUACGUAACUAAGUGCGUGGUCCGGGAACGAAGAUAGAAAAAGCAGAAGCAGAAGAACAACGUUCCGGGCUAAAUAAUAACUUAUAAGUGGAAACAGUAGCAGUAUAGGAAAGGACAGUGACAAAAGUUGGAAGGAAAAUAAGAAAAAAACACACACACACAAAUGUUCACAAAUUCAUCAUUCAUCCGAUCGUGUCCUAACCGAUCGAUUGAGAUCGCAUUGUAUAUAAAGAAUUUAAAAAAAAAAGUGAAAACAUGAAUUAAUUUAUUUCAAAAACCUAAAACUGUUGUCAGGUGAACGAGAACUGAAGGAAGAAAAAAAACAAUUUAAAGGACACGAAAAGGCAGUAAAAAAUGACAAAACAUUAGAUAAGCACAAUCAGCCAACCAUUUCAAACAAUCCACAAAAGGCAACAUACAAACAAACUAUACCCCACAAACAACUUGUAAUACAUAGAUAGGAACACUCUGUGCAAGGAGUAAGAUGGGCUCUAAGUUCUAAUGAUGGUUUUAUGAGUUCAGUUCAAUUGUUACAAGCAAUUCAUUUACUUGUGCGUUCCGCUCUACUGUCGAUUGUAGCAAACUACACAACAACACAAAACCGAUUUCUUCAACAAACAGAAAACUAUGUAUAAUUAAACUAGCACACACACACACAGCUAGAAGUCUACAAUCGCUAGGAAACGUAUGUGUGUGUGCUGAAAGUUGGAGCUGGAGUUGGAAACCGAAGCGAACAAACACGAAUUAAAAGCAUUGCAAAUAAACAAGUGUAUCAUGUGAACAUUUAAAA